AGCUUGGCACUGCUGGUCAUCCAAGGGAAACACCUUACUGCUGUCACACCCCAUCCAGCUAGCAGCAGUACGACUUCGCCCUCAGACCCCCAUCAUAGUGUAGCAAUUUACACUAUAACGGUAACUGCUUUUCGUCUAACCACUACCCAACAGACCUUUCUGGUAUGGUAGGACCUCGAGGGAACAAGCGUUCCACCAGCAUAGCUCGUUGGGUCAUUGUGAUAUGCAAGCCCGACCACCACGUCAAGGUAGCAGCUAUCGGUCGGGCCCACACCAUGAAAGGUAGGUUUUCUUGGGGUACCUGGAAAAGAGGGGUUAGUGCGUGACCGCAGAGCCCAGGAGAAAUUCACUUGAGGUCGGUCGCGUAUGGCCGUUUUAGUGCUACGGCAAUUGCCGUGUAUUAUGAAAGAUGUAAUCGGACAUACGUUCUGUAGUUUUGGUUCACCACUAAUCGCUGAUGACUGAUCUAAGUCAUCAUAACGGAUCAUAUAUUUGUUUGAGAACAUGUCUAACCACUAUCCAACUGACCUUUCUGGUAUGGUAGGACCUAAAGGGAACAAGGGUUCCAUUAACAUAACUAGUUGGGUCAUCGUGAUAUACAAGCCUGAUCACCACGUCAAGGUGGUAGUUAUCACUAAGGUGACUCGGCAUGUGCAACACAUGUCCAGGUUAGCCGAUGAAAAUUCACAACUUCAUCAAUUGACUUGCCUAUCUUGCCUAGUACCCAGUAUCCAGUAAUCACUUCAUGUCUUCUACUGUUAACGCCCAUAUAUCACAACCACACAACAGGACAGAACGGACUGCAGCUCAGUAUACUCAUCAUUUGAUAGAUGGUCGGAAAUCGCGCCACAUGGUGCAAAUUGGCAAAUACCAAAUGGGCUUUCUGUAUCGGAGCUGAGAUUUCGUCAACAUCCAGCCCGUUUGGACUUGUUCAAGUCCCCAAGUAAGUGAGGUGGUUGACACAUUCCACCACUCCACUCCCUAUCAUUAAACUAGGAGUGGUUGCAGACCAGUCCUGGAGCAUCAUCUUACAUUUGACAGGUGCAAAACGCGUGCCAAACAUUGUCAGCUUUCUGCUCAAUGCGUUCAUUAGACCCUGCAUUUUUUCAGCGUCUUCAUCCAGCAGAACAAUAUCGUCUGCAUACUCUAAGUCAACCAGAUGACCUCUAGGGAGUUGGUCACUCCUUAUAAAGUCAGACAUACUUAAGGUUAUGUUCAUUAGUGCAUCUAAGACGAAGUUAAAUAGGAACGGUAACAGUGGGCAUCCCUGAAGAACAUCACUGGCUGUCGUCAGUUCUGAAGAUAACUCUCCAUAAGCCUUGACACGGCUGCGUGAGUACGGAUAGAGAGCUUUGAUUAGCGUUAUGUACUUACUCGGUACUUCUUUCAUAAUCAGGCACUGCCACAACACCUCACGGUCGAUUGAGACAAAUUUCGCCUUCAGAUCAAGAAAUAUGGCUACUGUUGGCCGUUAGCCGAUAAGUAUGCCUGUUUCGUAACCUGUCGUAGGGUAGAAAUAUGACCUAUGCACUCUCGUUCAAGUCUGAAACCUGCCUGUUUUUCUCGAGUUUGCUUUUCUGGAGCUCCAGUUAGCCAUCAGAUAACUAUGGACACAAGGAUCUAGGACAAUAAUUCCCCUGUGAUUGUUACAGGAAGAUUUCUCUCCCUUCUUAUAGACUGCGAUGAUCAGAGAAGUAGGCCAGUUUGACGACCUUACCUCUGAUUCCCAUACACUACCUAGUACCUCCGUCAGUCUAAGCAACAUUUCCCUACCUCCAUCCUUCAGGUGGCAAAGUGUCAGGUCAUGCUUCUUUGCAUCGUCUAAAGUUCGACGUAGUUUUCUCAGCUUCAAGUAGAGUUGAAGGGCCGACAUUCGCGUGCCAUUCAUGUUCAGGCUGGAUACUGGGCAACUGAGACAUUGCUGAGGGUCAUUUGAACUGUCAUUCAAAGUGUUCAGUGCCAGCGUACUAGUUACCUAUCCUGGGAGGUUAUCAACGCCUCUUCAUUUCCUGUGAUGGUUUCACUCGUCUAUGCCUCCUCGCUGCUAUUCUUAAUGAGCCUAAAUAGUUGCCGAGUGUUACCCAACACUACUGCCUCCAUCUCUCUUGCUUUCGCCACCCACCAUUGCUCGUAGUCGACGCAAAGAUUUUAUCAACUUACGUUCGAGUUGCUUUCGCUGUUUCUCGUGGUCAGAGGCAGCUAGAAUCAGUCUUCUCACACCAAUCAGUUCGGAUGAUGUUGCAAAAAUCCAAUGACGUUCACUAACUUUCAUGUGUAGGUUACCAAUUGUCUUUACCACUGUUUCUACAGCAAAUCUAAUAUCAUGCCAAGUUUCCUCAGGAUGAGGAUUGCUGUCAUGCUCAGUUAAAUAGCUAUGUCUUUCCUAAAUUCGGACUCGAUGUUCUCGUCUUCCAAUCGUCGAUAGACGCGCUUCACUACGGCCUGUUUCUUGUGACCAGUAAGGUGCAGACAUACACGAGUCCGUACUAGCGCGUGAUCACAGUCCAAACUGAUACUUCAGAAAGAGCGGCAAUCCUCCACUGGUACUUUCCAACGAUGGCUUAUGGCAGUAUGAUCUAUAUGUCCAUUGUUAGUUUUAUGUCUGCGGACGCCAUGCGAGGCGAUGUCUAUCCUUGUGCCUGAGGUUGGUAUAGGCCAGAAACAAGUGAUUGUCGGAGCGAAAUUGCAAGAUGUGAUCACCGUUGGCAUGGGAUUCCGUAAAUACUCCCCAGAUGCCUGUUCGCUUGGCUCAGCUUCCCUACUUGAGUGUUAAAGUCACCUGCCAUUAUGGCUUUAUCUGCACGUUUUGCUUUCUGUAGCAGAAUUGACAACUCGUAGAAUUCAUCCUUUGCAUCAUCCGAGGUACAGUGGGUGUGUAGACGGAGAUUACAAAUAGGCAUUGGUUGGUGUCACGAUCCUUCCUGGUCCUUUCAGAUUCAUUCAGUCGAACAGCUUAUAGACGACUGUUUACUGGUAUCCAGUCGAGAGGCGCACUUUCUGCUCUACAACUCAAUGCUAUGCUUACACUAGCGAGUUGCCGAAGGCUAGUCAUUGGGUCUGCGGGUACUUGUAAGGUGAGUUUUGAAGAUUCACUACUAUGCCCAGGUGAGAUCCGUUUAAUGACCACACUUGGGUCCUCUAUAGGUGUCUCAGAGACACAGCAGACAUUUAUGGUCAGAAAUUCCGUAGUUCUGGUGGUUGAUGCUUGCUGUCCAGUUUGGUGGAGUUUGGACAUUGAGAGCUCCUUCAUGGGAUCGGCGGGUGGCGGAGUGUUAGGAAACUAGGAAUAAGGUUUUGAUGGCUUCGAUCGUUGACAGUGUUUGGAGAAUGAGAAGUUGGGGUAGGUGUAAGGGACUUAAUAUUAGUAUAAGAGGUAAAGGUCGACCGUAGAAGACUAUUUCGUCUUAAAGUAUCUGAAAGAGAAAAAGAUUUGUUUGACCGCAGAGCCCAUGGGACGUUUGCUUGAGGACUGUUACACAGCCUUUUGUGGGUUGUUUUGAGAUUUGGUUGUUCCAGCGUCAGAUAAAGGAGACCCAUGCCCCUGAUACCGGAAGACCGUGAGACAUGGUCGAGUGUGUUUUGUUUUUGAAGCCGACCUUUUCUAACUCCCCCUCUUCCCUUUGUAAAGGCAACAUCAGCGUGGCAUUGCUGGUCAACACCUUACUGCUGCCGCACCCCAUCCAGCUAGCAGCAGUAUGACUUCGCCCUCGGACAUCCAUCUUAGUGUAGCAAUUUAGAUUACAACGGUAACUGCUUUUCGUCUUACCACUAUGCAACAAACCUUUCUGGCAUGGUAGGACCUCGAAGGAACUAGCGUUCCAUCAGCAUGACUCGUUGAGUCAUCGUGAUACACUAGUCCGACGACCACGUCGACGUAGCAGCUAUCGGUCAGAGAUUAAGAAAUUGCUAUUGUCUAAACACUGGAAACCAGGGUGUCCUCCUUUAGGAUAAGCAUGCAUCAUACAGACGGACAAAACCAACGUAGUACGUCACAGAGAAGUGCAUACCUUCCAGUUACCACACUUCUUAGCAGCGUGCAAAGAGUUAUUGAAUUAAAAAAGAUUGAUAUCAAAGUUCGCAAAUCGACAUAGGAUGGGGCGGAAUUUAAAGUCCAGACUAGUGAGAAUACUAAAUACUCAGUUGGAAACCCCAUCAGUUAAACCUCCGCCAUUACUUACAACUUUUAGGUACACAUCCUUUCUGACGUCUAAUGACUGUCUACUAUGGGUGAGUGCAGCUACGGGGCUUCGACCCAUUUUGAAGUACUUUCACGGCGUGAAGCAUGUACCAUGCUUACCGACACCGAUCGCUAACUGAUUGAGUGGCCUUUAUCUUGUCGCACAGUAAGACAAUAUCAAGGUCGAGAAGUCUUUUCACAAUAGCUAAUAUUACUGUUUUCAUUCCACUUCUCUCCCUUUGUGGAUAUUCACCUUGAUAUCCUAAUUUCAAGUCGACCAGAAUUUAAUUAUUAUCAUUUGACUAUCUGAGAUAGCCGUAGCUUGGCAGACUAUUAUUUAUGCUGGGUGAUGAUUGAAAGUGACCACCCGAUGGUCGCUGUUUCGAAUCCGGCUGCGGUCCAGAUUUUCAUCCCAACCUAAUUAUUCUUUCGUAUUAUAUUCAUUUCGAUUUAUUUGAUGUGUUUUGCAGCCCACUGUGCCUAGAAUUUAUCCUUUUCCGUUUGUUUCAACCUUCCACAACAAUUUCUUUUGAUCCAGUGAGGGGUUUCGUGUUUUCCUCAUUUAUUUAUGUUGUAAACCACAAGGACCGUAAUCACGAGUGAAUUCUCAUCAUGUCACUUGCAAUUACUUUUCCUUUAGCGGAGUCAAACUCUGAGAGAUAUGUCGCAGCUGAACAAAACAUCGUCUUAGCAAAGAAUUUUGAAUGUCGUCUAGUGGAUACAAUCAGAUUGGGGACGAACUGUUCGUAUUCGGACUGCCGAUCUGUCUACUUUGCCUUGAUGGAUUUACUGUCAUCUGCAAUUCCAAAUUUUAGACAAAUUCUUCAGUCAGUAGAUGCAAUGAAAACUGAGCAAGAGUACUCACAAAGUCCGGAUUGGUAUUUGAUUAAGAUCAAACUUGGCUUCUUUGAAUCUCGUGAAAGAAAUGAUGAAGAGUGCACUUGGAGACUUCAUGAUGAUCAGAAUGAUAUUCUUGAACGAUUAAACGAAUUAAUUGUUUUACUGGAGAGAGCUGAUCCCAAGUUGGUUGUGUGCUAUCUCCAUACCGCUGAAUUUCGACCAGUCCACUCUCUUAUCCGUUUGUACCAGCGUGAGACUAAGCAUGAAAUGCGAUCCAAACUACUCAGAUGUAUUGGAAUCUGUUGUUCUUUGGAUUCCGCUUGUAUACGCAUUUGUCUUGGGUCGGUUCUCCCAGCUGAACUCAUUCGGGAGUCACGAUGCUCCUCAUACUUUGAAAUUCCACAACUUGCUUUGCAGUUACGAUUUUUGUCGAUACUGAUUGCUCAGUCAUCGGAUCUUCCUGUGGACUUACAUGGAUCGCUUGAUGAAGAACUUUUCACUAACCUUCUUACAUUAUGUGACACUUCAAGACAAAGUUCAAACUUGAUUGAUCUAGAAAAUGUUUCUCUUGAUUGCCAAAUUUCAACUACAAAUGGAUAUGAUCAGUCGGAACAAACUCGUCAACAAAAUGUGUUUUCAUAUUCAGUGGCGAUAUUUUUGUUGGCGUGUAAUUGGCACUUUAGUACAAAUUUUAAAGCAGAUUCUCCUGAAACUAGUCCAUCUAGUCCAGGUAGCAAUAAAACACCUUUAUUACAAGCUCUAAUCUCUCAACCAGUUGCAUCCCGUCUGUUUCUUGAAUUAAUUAUUCAAACAUUUAAUCGCAAUUUGGAUCCUACUUUCAAGGUGACUUUUCUUCCUAAUGAUAAAAAUUGUAAUUCUGAGAAUUAUUUGGCUCAGUGGGCUGAUUUUUCUCGACUAGAUGUCAGUUGGACAGAGUCUACAGCAGAAAGUGUAGAAAAAUUUCUCAGAAAGUUUGAAACCAAUUCACGCUUGAAUGAUAACAUUCAUCAUGAUGAUUUGGAAUAUAUUCAAAAUCUUUGGAAUCGUGAUCUAGGCAGUACACAUGAGUUGAAUAACAAACCCACCUUUUCCAUUCAUAAGAGUUCAAACAUACCAACCAAUAGUGUACUUAAAUUUCUCUGUGAUCUGUUCUCGUUUCCUGACACUGCACGGUUAAUCUAUCACAACGAUUUGGAUGUGAUUAUUGAGGUGAUAAACCGACAGCUAAGAGAUUUGGAACCUGAUUGUGAGAAUCUGACCCAUUUACUUCUACUGUUGGGAUUGAUAUGUACCAAUUCAAAUUUUACUAACCGAGACUCAGUAAAAAUUGAAGAGACGUUGAAAGUACUCUCACCAGUCUUCCUGUCGAGCUCAUAUAAUGCUCGAUGUAAAACAUUGGCAUUGUCUGCAUUUAAUAGGAUAAAAGCUGUCAUUGAUUCGCCAGAUAAGAAGUACUGAUUAUUAACAUAAGCCUUGUUGAAUUUCAGAGACAUUGUGCUAAACUUUCUUUUUCUCUUUUACACAUAAAAUUCUCUUCAUCCUGCUUAAAAAUCUGUUUCUGCAUAGAUUUCUUACAAUAAAUUGUGUAUAACUUGUU